UUUGCAAUAUCCUUUUGCUUUGGCAUUAAGAAACUUUGGCCUUUAUCUUUGUUUGCGAGGUCGGCGUUAAAUCAUUGUAAUCAAGGAGCCGGUUAAGAAAAAUGCUUAGACCAGCCAUAUUGAUUUUGGUAAUCUUCGGUCUUGGUGAAUGCUUUAUAAUAACUCACAGGAAAGGUCCAGUUGUGAAUACAACAUGUGGUCCGAUUGAAGGUUUAUCGCAAAACGGUGGACACGGAUUUCGGGGGAUUCCAUAUGCUUUACCGCCAAUUGGGAAAUUGAGAUGGCAGCCGCCAAAGAAAUUAAACAUGGCCGAUGGAACAUGCUGGAAUGGAACACUUUCUGCCAAGCAAUAUGCGAAUUUUUGCUUUCAAUAUGAAACAGAUACGACAUUCUACGGAAGUGAGGACUGUCUGUAUAUGAAUGUGUUUACACCGACGCUUAAUAAAUCAGCCAAGUUACCGGUAAUGGUCUGGGUUCACGGUGGUUCAUACUCUUCAAGUUCCGGAAAUGACGACAACUACUUCGCUGACGAAAAAAUGGCCGGGGAGACAAAUGUUGUUUAUGUAAACCAUAAUUAUAGAUUACACACUUUUGGGUUUAUGGCACUGCAGAUACUUGCAGACGUUUCACCUACUAACACUUCUGGCAACUACGCUUUCAUGGAUUCUUUAGUAGUUCUCCAAUGGGUACAAGCUAAUAUUCAAAACUUUGGAGGGGAUCCAUCACAGGUCACGCUGUACGGCCAAAGCGCUGGUGCAACUCAUGUUUUAGGGUUAAUGGCAUCUCCAUUGGCCAAGGGGUUGUUUCACAAAGGUUGGAUGGCUAGUGGUUCCCCUCGUUAUGAUAAACUUGCGAAAGACGCAUACGAAGACAAUCUUGUUUACCUGAACAACACUAAAUGUUCUACAGUUGAUUGUUUGCUUGCUCUAACAUCACAAGAAGCAACAGAAGCUGUGCCAUGGGAUGAUUUUCCAAACUGGGAUAUGUAUGACCAAUACGAUAUCCCGAAGAAACUCACGAAAUUUGACGGUUCUAUGGCAAUAGUUGAUGGUUACGUUGUUCAAAACAGCCUCCAUUCGAAGCCUGGGCGAGGUGGAUUCAAAAUGGACAUUCCUUUCCUGGUCGGUCUGUACAUUUUCUCAGUAGUGCUGCGUCAAGAAAUGGACGGAAAGACCCACCUGGUGAUAUGGGGUACAUGGGAUAAAACCGAACUACGAGCGCUUUGUGCAUCACCAGCAGCUAGACACAAUUUAGCACGUAACAUUGCGGACAUGUCAAUCAAGAUGUAUCCUGUAACUGGAAACCUAACUGCGCGUUAUCAAUGGGCAAGUAUGGUAAGCGAUAUAAGAGUAAACUGUGGAAAUAACCUUGUAGCUUUGAUGGCGGCAAAAAAGUUCAAAUCACCAGUCUACCGUUAUGUUAAUACCAACAACCCAUCGAAACCUUUCGGAGACGGCGGGGGAUCCAAUCUACCCUUUUCCAUACUCACGAUAUGUAUGCCUUCUUUUGGAUAUUUGGACAGUUUACUUGUAUCCUCUCAGCGAUUCGGACAAAAAGUUUCAAAGGAAUAUGAAAAAAUGAGGUUAUAUCUUUUGUGCGUCAUGGUCGUCCUAACACAACGUCAUGGGGACAACAUUUCCAGGUUCCACUGGACUCAUCUCUGA